GAGUCCUAAACUUGAGAUCAGAUCUGAAGAGGGAACCAGCGGGGCUGGGCCUCUCCGGGCAGCUGCACCGGCGGGUGGGGAGCGGAGGUGUGGGGCGUGGACUCGCGAGGUCCCGCCCAGCUGAGGUCAUCGGGCGCUAUCCUCCCGGAAGCGCGGAGCUGGAAGCUUGGUCGGCGGGUGCAGGUCUGGUGGGCUCUCCAGCAGGAUGACUGUGGGAAUCUUUGCAAAUUGUAUUUUCUGUUUGAAAAUUAAGUACUUACCUCAUCAGCAGAAGAAAAAGCUGCAAACUGACAUUAAGGAGAAUGGUGGAAAAAUAUCUUUUUCAUUAAAUCCUCAGUGCACACAUGUGAUCUUAGAUAAUGCUGAUGUCCUGAGCCAGUAUCAACUGAAAUAUUUCCAAAAGAAACACAUUCAUAUGGCUAAUCCAGGUUUUGUAUGGGAAUGUAUCAAAGAAAGGAGACUCUUAGAUCUGAAGGAUUACCAUCCUGCUCAAUCACGAGACAUCAUGCCAUCUCCUGAUGACAAGACAAGCUAUUCUGAAGUGAAACCUGAUGGUCUCUGCCUGGACAGUGCCCCAGAGGAAGAAAUCGUGGAAAUAACUGAGUAACCCAAAUAUUUCAUAGGCCUUGAGCACAGUAUUAAAAUACUAUUUGUAGCCUUGCAUAGAUUUUUGUCUUCCUUAUGUGUUAAGUUUGCAUUUUAGACUUCACUAUUAUAGUGAUAAUUACUUUUAUGUUCUCAUUAUAUGAGAUGGUAUAUAAUUAUUAGUUUUACUGAUUUUUUAAAGAGUUUAACUGGCAAUAAGAUUAGAGCAGCCUGCCUGCUCUGUUACCUUCUUGAAAAGCCUUUGGAAUAAAGACAAUUCUUAAUUUUUUAUCUGAUACUUUUAAAAAUGGAAAUAACCACUCUUCCCAGGUGGAUUAUAUGAGUCUGAAAUUCUGUGUGCCUUCUUAAGUGUGCAGUGAUAAUCAGGCAUUGCAUUUGCUUGUAUUAUAUAUGUUAGUAGUAGUGUUAAGAGAGAACCAAAUUCAAAAUAAGUUGGACUCCUUUAUUUUAAAGAGAAGUUGAAGCCAGGUGUGGUGGCACACUCCUGUAACCCCAGCAACUCUGAGAGGCUGAGGCAGGAGAAUAUCAAAGUGGAGGCUACCUGGUCAAUUUACUGAGACUGUGGCUCAGAAUAAAUCAUAGAUAAAUAACCACUGGGCAUACAGCUCUGUGGUAGAGUACUUGCCUUGCAUGGGUGAGACCCUGAAUUCAAUCCCAGUACUGAGGUAAGGGGGUGAGGUUCAGAUGCCAGGCAAAUACAGUGGUCUGUCUCCAGAGCAAGCAGCAAUGUUUUUUCUCUGUGUGUUUCCUUGGUGCGUACCUGCCAUCCUGUGCAGAUGUCAUGAUUCUGGACAGCAGAACUUGAGAAUUAUGCAGAAGAACUUGG